GGUGAUGUGGUCUCUUAAUCUUUUCCAAGCUAUGGCUGUUCCAUGUGUUCUUCUUCUUUGUUGCUGUUAUUUGUGGUUCUUACCUCUUGUGAGUGUGGGUUCCCCAAUAUCAAGGGGUGUAAACAGGGCUGGGAGAAAAAGCUCCAAGGUUGAGCCUCUGUUUUUUCUGCUACCCUUGGAAGGUGGAAAUAGAACGGACCUCUUGUCACCCCUCCUCCAGGUUCUAUCUGAUCCGUACCACAAAAACAGCCAAAGGGGGAUGCGAUCACUGCAGCCUGAUUCCGCGGCCCUGGGCUUCAUGAAGAGACUCUACCGGAUGUAUGCUUCCAAAGAAGGCAUCCCAAAGUCCAAUAGGAGUCACUUCUACAAUACAGUUCGGCUCUUUACUCCGGAUGCCAAGCCCAAGCAGGACGCUGAAGACCAAAGAAUGGGACUUCCGGGCUCCGCAGAUCUAACAUUCAACCUGGAUCGCGUUACAGUCGUGGAACACUUACUCAAGUCUGUCUUGCUCUACUCUUUCAACAGUUCUGUUCCUUUUCCCUCCGCCACCGUGUGCCCGUGCCAGCUAGUUGUAAAGGAGCAGGAAUCUUCUAGCCAAAAGUGUUCUAGGGCUCCUCAUUCACUGAAUUUCAACCUGGACCUGAAACUUAGAAAAAAGAGAAGGUGGGUUGAAAUCGAUGUGACUACUCUACUUUGGCCUCUGAUUGCUGCGAACAAGAGGAGUGUUAAAAUGGCUGUGAACUUCACUUGCCUGGAAGAUGGAGACCGUCACAGCUCUCUGCCAAACGAGACCCUAAACACGGCCCUGCUGAGAAGCCCUUUGCUUUUGUUGUAUCUCAAUGACACUAGCACCCAGGCUUACCACAACUGGCAUUCCCUCAGAACCAGGGAAGAGUCCCCCAUCCCGUGGUCUGGCCAGAGGAGGGGGGUUUCCCCAUUUCCAGAGGAGAGAGUGGCCUCCCAGGUGGGAAGAUCCCUUCACCGACGAGGCCGGGAAGCGCAGAAGCCCAAGAAUCCAGCCUCCUACAACCUGAGCGAGUAUUUCAGGCAGUUCCUCUUCCCCGAAAAUGAGUGUGAGCUCCAUGAUUUCCGGCUGAGCUUCAGCCAGCUGCACUGGGACAACUGGAUCGUCGCCCCCCAACGUUAUAACCCUCGCUACUGCCAGGGCGACUGCCCCAGGGCCGUCGGGUAUCGCUACGGCUCUCCCGUCCACACCAUGGUGCAGAAUAUCAUCUAUGAGAAACUGGACUCCUCGAUCCCAAGGCCUUCCUGCGUGCCCGCCCAGUACAGCCCUUUGAGUGUUUUGACUAUAGAGCCUGAUGGCUCAAUAGCUUAUAAAGAGUACGAGGACAUGAUAGCAACUAAAUGCACCUGUCGCUAGGAUUUCCUCUCCUGAGGAUAAAUGACAAUCGGCUUCUCCGGGAGGAGUGGACUAGCUGUUCUUCUGAGGAAACUUCAGUUUUGGAGAGCCCUCAUUUGAAGCAAAAUGUCACUGUUGAAAAUGUCUAUUACGUAAACACCUCAUACCCCAUAGCAGGUAGGGGGAAGGUAACUGCAUUAAUUUUUUGAAGUAUCUUCCCCCCCCCCUUUUUUUUUUGGUUUUUCAGUUGUAAUGAAAACAUGAGUUGGGGAGAGCAUAUUCUUGAACACUUUUUCUUUUUUACGGGAAGUAUUGCCACUUGUUAAAUGGUCCAUGAAAUUAUAAGCUUAUCUGUAACCUGCUAUAUCUGCAAGAGAAAAGAAUAAAUACCUAAUAGAGCAUGAGA